UUGGAAAGCUAGCAUCCCAAGGAGAGUGAUUUUACCACAGGUGUUUUGGUAAAAUGCCAGCUUUCCACAUGUGAUUCAAACAUAUAUUGGGGGAGCACUCAAACAUGCAACUUCCCAUCUUCAUUCUGAAUCAGGAUAGUCCCAGAAGAGCUGGAAUAGUUGUAGACUGGUUCUCGGAGCUCUGUGGUAGUAAAUAAAAUAUAGCAGUCUCUCUGUAGAUUCUCUAACAAUUGACUUUGCUUCUUUCUGUUUUACAUGGAGAUGUGUGGAAAGUAAAUGCAUCCUUUUAGUUCAUACUUUAAAAGUAUUAAAAUGGGGUGGGGGAGGGGUGUCCACUUCUGGUGUUGGACCAUCAAUGUCUGAGAAACCUGCAAAGUGAAGAAAAAUGCACAAAACCACAGUCUUCUAAUGAGAGCAUUACAUACCACAGCCCCCAUUCAGCUGAAGUUGGUUAUGACUACUUCCAAUUGAAAUCAGUGGAACAAGAUACUUGUAGCUAACCUUGCUUUCAAUGGGACAACCUAUUGUUGCUGAAUUAGGGCAUAGGUGUACGUUUAUAAAACAGUCAGUAUUUCUUUUUUAGCUGAAUAUCUACUAGAAUGUUCAGCAAGUGGAAGGGGAUCACCAUGUCUCUAUAAAGCAAUGACAACUGUCUUCAACCAGUCAUUUAUCCGCUGUUUGUUGCAUUCCAACUGCGUGCUGCCAGUAGUUCCUGUCACUCAGAGGCCAAACUCUCAGUCACUGUGAGAGCUUUCAUGAAUGUUCUGUAUCUGUUCAAGUAGUAGGGAUAGUGAACUUUUUAUAUUCACUUCAGAAGCUUGCAUGAAGAUCUAUUCAAAGCUUACGUUAAUGUAUCUGUAGAAACAGAUUUGUUAGAUAUUUUUGUCAGGUGAUUUUGCCUCUAGCAGUUUCCUAUAUAUCUAAGGUAUAAAUAGACUGACUGGAUUUUUUCUCCCAGGUGUCUUUUUUAGCUCACUAAUUUCUUAUUAAUCUGAUCAAAAGUGGUUUGGCUUAACCUGAAGUCUAAGUCUUGACAUCACCACAGAAUCAAGAUGUUGCUAUUGAACUGGAAGGCACUGGAAAACUUUCCACUGCUGAUGUAUAUUUUAGCAGCUAAAACAUUAAUUCUUUGCUUAGCAUUUGCUGGGGUAAAGAUAUACCAGAGGAAAAGGCUUGAAGAAAAAAUGAAAAAAGAACAAGAGGAGAAGCUGAAAAGGGAAGCUGAGAAGAAAGAAUCUUGAGGUGUCUUAAGAGAUUCUUGGUGAUUUGGCAGCUUGCUUGGAUUCCUUUCCUGAGACAGUUGAGGACUUUUCUGGAAUGGAAACUGUGCCAGAGGAAUGAAGCCCCAAGAGCAACAUUUACCUAAACAAACAAUGUGUUGCAUUUUUUGUAUAUGUAAUAUAAGAAUAUUAUGUUGGCUGUUUAUACAAUAAAAGCUCCCUUUGUAAAAAUGG